CUGGUUCUCAAGGAGGAGGGCAUGUCUUAUGUCCUCCUUUGUCCACCCACACCUAGACAAACCAAGAAAGAGGAUCAUAAAGAGGUUUAAUUGUUUGAUUCAAAACAAAUUAACGAUGUCUCACAAUUCAGAAUGCUCAUCGAGAAAUCCAUUUGUCGAUAUGAAUUGAAUUGGAUUAUCAAUCAUCGACUAGAAGUCGUGAAUAUAUGAGUUUAUACACGUUUGGGUUCCUGUUAUCGCCCUAGUCUGUAACCUUAUUCUUUACUAGAUUGUAUUCGGUUAGGUCGUCUGGAGAAGUACUAUAUAUACUUCUCAAUCACUUUGUAAUAUGUAUUUAUUCAAGUAUAGUGAAACUGACUAUCUGCUGCCCAUGGACUAGCUAACACACAUUAUGUUAGAAAACCAUGUAAAUCUAAGAGCUCUUUCCUUUAUUGCAUUGUCGAUUAUCCACCUCCGUUCUAACAAGUGGUAUCAUAGCCGCAAUUGGCUAUCUGAUAGGGUUUUCGAAAUAAAAGAAUGCCUUCAGUGAAUAUUGAUAACACCUAAAUUGGUAUUAUUUACCCUUCAUAUUUAGGUUUGUUUCGUGCUAAUUUAUGUGCAUAAUCGUUUGAAUAUCGUCGAUUGCAUCCCUAUUUCGUUCCUAUUUGAUUAUGAUGUGAUUUUAGGGUGCGUUAGACAAUAUAUGCGAAUUAUGUACGAAAAGGGCAAAAGUGUAGCAAAAGGUGCAGAAGGUUGAUGAUCACGACAUGGAGAUGGAGAUCACAACAGAGAACAAAGUCUGCGAACUCAAGGAAAAGAUCGAUGCCUCAGAGGCCCAAGAUCGCGGCCGCGAAUUUGGAAGCUUCGUGCGCGAACGUCGUGAAGAAGCCAACCGAGGAGAAACAGAGAGUUUCCACAGUCCGAUCACAACCAAAGUUCACAUUGAUCGCGAGGAAGUUCGUGGCCACACUUCAUAGAUCGCGACCGUGAAGUCAGCCGCGAACUUCUCACAUUUGAAGGCCAAAAUGGCGACGGCGGCAGAUCAUUGUGUCAAAGAAGAAGAUCGUGACCGCGAUUUUCACACUGCCUGGCCGUGAACUUCUCCGUCCUCUGAAGGCUAUAAAUAGAAGACCCCCUUCUCCCAUUCAAGAGAGCUGAUUUUGAGAGAGAAAUUCCUCGUUAGAGAGAGAGAAGAGAGAGAGGCUGAAGGAAGGAGAAGAGGAGGAGGAGGAGGAUCUAGUAGAGAGGAGCCACAUUCCUCAUCAUCAAGUCUUUCCCAAUUUCUUCUAUGUAUCUUCUUCCCUCCUUUAUGGAGUAGUCUUUUAAGGUACUAGGGGUUCUAAAUCCAAACUCUAGUUUUAGGGCUAUUAUGUAAUGUAUGAAUAUUUUAGGGUUUUGAAUGAAUGUGUUUAUCUUGUUGAUUUCAUUGCUUCUCUAGUUUUAAUUGUGUUUGGGCAAGUCGCCCUAAUCUUCUCUACUAGUUCACUUGCAGCUUCUACGCUGGGUAUGGAGUUUGAGGGUUAGACGGGUAUGCGCCAUCAAGCAAAUUAGGUUAGACGAAUGAAUAGGAUCUUAUGGU